GAGGGUGGCUGUGGUUCUUGCCAGCUAGAGGGAGGCUGAAGGGCGGCGAGGUGGGGGGCACGAAGGGGCGGGCCGCCGCCGCCUCUCCCUCAGGGGGGUGGGGAGGGGAGCAGCCCGGCCCUUCCUCCUGCCGCUGCAGUACUAUGACCCGCCGCCGCCGCCGCCGCCGCCACUCCCCUCGCAGGGCUGUCAUCGGGGACAAGGAGACAAGCCGGGAGCGGCGGGAGAGCAGGGCCGGCGCCUCUUCCCAAUGCACCUGGCCGCAGCUCCCGGGCUUGGCGGAGGAGGCGGAGGCGAGCGGCGUUGAGAGGGACUCGGCAGCGCGGCUCCUGGGCGACGGCAAGGCGCGCGAGAGAUGCCCGCGGCAGGACGCGCAGCUCGGCUCGGCUCCAAAGGUCCUCCGGCUGGAGCAGCACCAGCAGCAGCAGCCCCGCGGGAGCUCGCGGCUAUGGAGCCUCGCCGCUGCCCUUAGGGGCCGGGAGAUGCAAGGCGCAGCGCCCGGCAGCCUUCGAGCCUGGACUCCAUGCGCGCCCGCCAUGGGGAGCCCGCUCUGGCACCUGGUGCUGCUAGGCGCCUCUGCCCUGGCUGCAGGUUGGUCUCUCUCUCGUGCGGUGCGCGCGCGAUCGCUCGCGUGCAUGUGAAUCCUUUUCGCUCGCAUCCUUUUUCUCUUCUCCAGUUAUUAUGAUUAGCAGGCCUGCAGGUGGUGGAAUAGGAUUUGCUCUGAAGAGCUGAUCCCGAAGACAAAAGUUAAGGUGCAAGUUAAAGCCUGGAGUUGCUUCUCUCUCCUUCCUUCCUUCCCUCCCUCCCUCCCUCCCUCCCUCACACACACACACUUCGCUCGCCUCGAACAAAGCUGCAGGGUUGGAACGCCUGUCAGUAACCCAAGAAGCGCCUCUUGUUGCCUGCGAGAGAGAAAUAGGGCUCCUAGUCUUAACUCGGAUCAGGAGCCCUUGUCUCCUCACCUCCCCUUUCAAAUGCCUCCAAGGUAAAUGAGAUAACAUUCGCUUUUCAAACAGUUGAUGGCUCUUCCUUAACUUCAGAAGAAAGUGUUAAAAAGUCAAGAGCGGUGCAAGAGAGGCUGAAAGGCAGACUGGUUCAUCCCACGAGCUAAUUAACACAUAUUGCACAUAUACACACACACCAAAUCCCGAACAUUUUCAGCGCUUGGCUCAGAAAGCGUCAUCUUGAGGAAUGGAAAUUUAAAAACACAAAACAGAGAGCUAUCCUAAAAAGCAAUUAUAGGCUUUGUAUUUUUCCUUCCAGAUUAGGGGAAAAAAUGGUAAAGUCUGGUGCAAUGGGCAUUUGUCUUAUACAUCUAACACAAGUCAGUACAAGCUAUAAUAAAUAAUAAUUGGUAUCUAUUAUAAAUGAUUUCCCAUUUUGUUUGGUAAAUCAGAUGCUCAAGGAUUCAAGGCGAAUGUAGGUAGCAUGGUUUGUGGAUGCGGAUGUGAACCUGUUCCCUGAUGGUCUUGGGAAUAAAAAUGGUCUUGAAUUCAAAGCAUCCAUGGGCAUCGCUGGGAUGUGUGUGUGUGUGUGUGUGUGUGUGUGUGCAUGGGGGGGUAAGCUGCCCCCCAUCAAGUAAAUAAAAAAAACCCUAAGUGACGAAUUCUGUUGCAGAUAACUCGGUUCUGCUACCCCUAAAAUAAAGCCUGCCCCCCCAAAUAAAUCCUGGCUACACCCAUGAAACCAUCUAUGGUUGUGCUUUUGCACCUAUAUCUAGUCACAAAAGUUAAAUGCCACUGGUUUGCCCCUAGAAAUCAUGUGAAUUGUUUCUUAACAGUUUCAAGAAUGAGACAAAGUUAAGAAAGCAACUUUUGUGCAGCCACAUUGCUUUGAUCUAUUUCCCCCCUAUCAGAACUAGACAGGACAAGGACCAGAUAACAUGCUGCAGAGGAAAACUAUGCACCAAUAUUUCCACCUGCAGUUUAUUUCACUAUCAUUUAUUAGCAUCUUACUCUGAGGGUAAAGCUGAACACAUACAUUCUUUCUGAACUGAUUGCUACUAUUGUUUAUGUAAUGUGGCGGGAAAAGCUCAUAGAUCCUACAAAGAGAUAAACACCUGGACUGGACUGAUCCUCGCAAGCAAAUGUCAUCCUAUGGUGUCUGCAUCACUGUCCUUCUGACAAAAAUUGGCACAUUCCCUAAUGUGAAUGGGCCUAGAGCAAGGAGAAGAUGAGAUAAAAAGCAGAAAGGUAACAUUUGUUCACACUUCUAUGGCAGGAAUGGGUGUUGAUUGGCCUUAGGAUAACCUAGCCUGGUGUAAAAUAGGUAGGACUGCUUUUUUCACUAUUAGAAUUUUUUUUUUACUUAGAUCUAUUAACCACCAAAUAUUCCAGUUUCAGUUAUAGUCAAUGUAGGGAGAGAGUUCACUUCCAGUGACCGAAAGGAUAUGGAUAGUGUACAUUACAUGAGAUUUCUGUUAUCUAGUAAAACAGUCAUAGAAGCCAGUGAUGAGGAGAUAUGCCUAUUUCAUAGGUGUUUCUUUAGCCUGAAAUGCCUGAUUAUGCAUAUUAUUAAAGUAACGUUUACAGUCAAGUAUUUUAUUUUUGAAUUUGUUAUAUUUUAAUAUGAGUGAACCUGUUCCCUGAUGGAACCUUAAUAUGAGUGUCAUACCAUCAAUUUGUAAAAUGGAUAAUGAAUGGACGCAAGUAUAUUUUGGCUGAAAAAUGCUGCAACAGGAAACAUAUAACUUAGCUCUGAAUGUUUUACAGGUGAGUCAUGUCGUACCUUGUAUGCUCUUGUCCAUUACUACAGAUUUUUGUUCAGUGGCAUGUGUACUAACAUAGGCUGGGAGGUAGUGUGCAGUUAACUAUAAAUAUUAAGAGAAAGAGGGGCAAAGAGCACAGGACAGAAAAUGCCUUUAAUGAUCUCAUGGUUGACUGUGUAAAAAUACUUAUUUUCUAAUAUCUAAGCUUAUUUUCAUUUUGCAAAGUUCUAGUGACAGAUAGUACUAUACAGAAGAAUGUCACACAACAUGGACUGAAGUUAUCUAUGUCUUUAAUUAUUAUUUUCUUACUUGGACUACUUUUUUACAAAACUACAUUGUAAAAUUUCAUAGAAAAUAGUGUGAAGUUAGUUUUAAAUUGCCUCCACAUGCAGUUUUCUCAUUGACUCCUCUGCAGUGAAACCCACCACCAAUUAGGAAACUAAAAAACCCCAGAAAUAAAUGGAAAUAUAUUUAGACUUGGAAAAUAAUAUAUUUUCCUGUUAGUAUGAGAAGAUGAUUCAGCAUUUUUGGAAGAUUUCAGUAUAAUUAAAGCAGAGCUGUCAGACUAAUCCAGCACAUUUUCAAACUGUAAUUUCCCACUUCAGGAGCUAGAUAUUUGGCUCAGCAAGUUUCUCAGAAAGUUCAGUUGUAUCCCAGAUGCACAGUGUAUAGUACCUGUUCAGACUCAUGAAUAUGCAUGAGUGUUGUUGUUGUUUUAAAAAAUAAACUCAAAGCACUUUUCUCACGUCAGUAGUAGAAGCAUAAUGGAGAAAAUUGCUGCAGUAAACAUUCACCAGGUAACUUGACUACAUUGCAUAAUGAGACUGAAAAAUCUUACCAGCCAGCAUGUAAAUCAAGCCAAUCCAUCUUGGCCUAGCUGAUAAGACACAUUAUAAUAAUACUUGCUUCCUUACUUCUCAGGGGAGCUGUGCAGAUUAGUUAAUGUUUGUACAGCACUUUGAAAAGGACUCAGUGUUACUAUGUGACUUUUACAGUUGUAUUUAUUUACCUUUGUUGGCAGAAGUGUGCAUUAUACAUUUGAGCUUACUCUGUAGCCUAAAAAUACUCUUUUUUAUUAUCCUGAUCCUAAACAUGUUUACUUAGAAGUCUCAUAUAUUUCAAAUGAGCUCACUGCAUACUGCAAAGGACAAGAGUCACAAGGUGAAAGCAAGACAUGAAGAGGAGACUGGAGGAAAAAGACCUCUGCAAAUGUACAAAUAGAGGAAAUAGUUGGUCCAUUGUAAUGUCACAAGGAAGGGGAUCCAAAGAAAAAGAACUGAAAGAGGAAAGGGAAUAAGACAAAAAAUAGCUUAGGUUUGUAGAUCAAAAGAAUAAAUUGAAAAGGAACAUCUGAAGAAGAGGGAACCAGUGGGAUGAAGCAAAUAUCGGUGACGGUAUGUAUUAAAAAAAAGAAAAGCUGAAAGAUAUACCAGAGCAGUAGAAUGUAAACCAAAAUAAGCUGCAAAUGAAUAUGCUGAAGAAAAUGAAGGCAAUGGAGAGGCAAAAGAAUGAAAGUGAUAUGAUCAAAAUGAAAAGCAGAAUAAACAAGCAGAGCAGCAGACUAAAGAACAGAGGCUGAAGAUAGAAACAAGAAAGAAGGACAUUACAAGAGAAGGAAAAGUAAGGAAAUAACCAUAGUAUAGCCUAGAGAAUAAGCAGAUGAAAUUACAAGAAGUAGUAGUGAUGUGAAUAAUGGAAUAAAAGCACAGAGCACGUGUGGCUGCUGGUCUCCAAGCAAUGUUUUAUAUGGCUCUCAAAGACACCACUGGAUUUUGCAACAACAGCAAAAAGUUUUUUUGUAAAAAGUAGGCACAACAUGGCAGUGGGCAGAGUUCAGAACUGUAAUGAGGAUGCAAACCCAAUUGCAAAUCUGGUCACCAGAUUGAUAAUUUGAUGAGCGGAGAGGGAAUGAUAACGUCAUCAAUGGAUCUGCUCAGAUGGGGGCGGCAGCUAUGUGCCUUUAUGUGCUGUGUGUGUGUGUACAAGGGAGUGUGCAAGCAUAGGAGCCAACUCCUAGGGGCUGAGGUCCCUUCAGCCCUCCCAACAAAACUUGUGGAACCCCCACAAGUUGAUGAGCAUUGCCAUUCAAAUGGUGUGCAUGCACCAUGUCAUGUGAUCAAUUAUGUGAGGCGGGGCAUACCCCCCCCCCAAUAUUUUAUUCAAGUUGGCACCCUUGUGUGCAAGUGUGGAGUGGCCAGACUCACUUUUGGGCACAUCCACCACUGGCAUGUGGGCCCCAGAAGGUUGGCCACCUCUAUCUAUAAUCUGUGUACCCAAGAAGAAGGAUUGAUUACUUCACAGCCUAGCAACAGAGAAAAAGAUGGACAGCAGGAGGCAUGGAAGAAGCUUAAUUCAAGAAAGUGAACUUCAAUGGGGAAAACAGUUUGAAAAAUUGAGCGAAAAUCUAUGGCGUAGGAAGAUAUGCAUUAAAAUUAUAGUUAAUAUUAAACUGAUGGAGAAUGGCUAAAAAGUGACAAGUAUCCAGAGCUGAACCAAGAUCAAAGGAGGAAAUAAAAGAACCUGAAAGAGAACCUGAAAAAGAGUGCCUUGAGAAAUGGGAAUGAAACCAAGACAGAACAUUAGCAUGAAAUCUUAAAUAAUAUAAAGAACAAAUAAAACAAGAUGCAUAGCAUAGCAUAAUACAUAGCAUCAAAACAAAAAACCAAAUCUAAAAGAAGGGGCAUAAAAGAAAUAUAUACCCUGAGAUUUAGCAUUCAGUGAAUACUAAAUAAUAGUUCUUCUUAGGUCUAUCCCACCUUCUUUUGCACUGGGUCUUGCAUGUUCCACCAGAACAUAUUCCCUUGGGCUGUAUCUCAGAAUUUUAUUCUGCUGCUACUUGCCCCUUUAUAAUAAACUGUUCUACUUCUGGGUAAGAUCCACCUGUGAAUAUAUUCCUGAGGGAAGUAUGUAUUUGGCUGAGGCCUCUUACACCUCCAUGAGUUUUAAACUAUUCAGAGUCUGAGUGUUUGGUGUAGGGUAGCACCUUGCUCCCAGUAUAUUUACUCACUUGUGUGUUUUUUUAUCUUAAAUGAUCCAUGCUUGUUCAGUUACAAAAUAACACCAUGCAUCUAUGAGCCUUUUUUGAAGACAAACCGCCUAAGGCAUGGAGUAUUAAGGUCCUAGAACUAAAUACCAUAAGUUAUUGAGGAGCAGGGGGAAGGUGGACAAUUCUUCAAUAUUUCUGUUUACAAAGAGCCGCUAAAUAGUUGCACUGAAUAGUUUGGUCCAAGGCCUUUGUAGACACUCAAUAGCACAUUAUAUAGCACCUUUCAAGUGUUCAAAGUGUUUCACAUAAAAUAGCUCAGUAAUCCUUAAAGCAGUGCUGUCAAAUAGGCCAGUAUCAUUAUCCCUAUAAUACAGAUACAAGGUGUGCCUUUGCGUUGUCCUGAGGCUCUGAAUAUAAAAGCUUGCCUAAGGUCUUACAUCCUUUGUGGGUCCAGUAAAAAAUUAACUGUGCCUUCUUGUUUUAUUGCAAAGUCAGAAUUUUAAUUAUGUGUUAGGUACAGUUGGUUGAUAAUAAUUUAUGCUAACUUAGUUUUUAAUUAUCACCCUUUUUCCUACAUAGGACUGAGCAGUGUUGUUGAAGCUGGAUCCCACUGUGAAAAAGCGUGCAACCCUCGAAUGGGAAAUUUAGGAUACGGGCGUAAGUUGUGGACAGAUACAAAGUGUGGGGACAACGCCACAGAGUUUUACUGUUCCUACAGUGAGAAUGCAGACUUCAUAUGCAAGCAGCCUAAGUGUAGCAAAUGCAACUCCAAGCAUGCCCAUCUGGCUCACUCACCCUCUGCCAUGGUUGACUCACCCUUUCGGCUGCCAUACACAUGGUGGCAAUCAGCACAGGGGGUGAACAGGGAGAAGAUCCAACUGAACUUGGAAACUGAGUUUUAUUUCACUCACGUAAUCAUGGUGUUCAAGUCACCAAGACCGGCAGCCAUGGUCUUGGAGCGAUCUCAGGAUUUUGGGAAAACAUGGAAACCUUACAAAUAUUUUUCCACUAACUGCUCAGCAGCCUUUGGGCUGGAUGAUGAUGUAACCAAGAAAGGAGCAAUUUGCACUUCUAGAUACUCCAGUCACUUCCCCUGCACUGGAGGAGAGGUGAGUUAAUUAAGAUAUCAAAAACUACAAACAACUGAAAAUUGACUCUAGAUUUAUUUUGACUCUAGACCUUAGUUUUUUCAUGAUAUUUGCAUGCCACACUAAACCAGUGGCCUUCCAGAUGCAGUUGGACUACAAUUUGUAUCAUCCCUGCCCAUUGGCUAUGUUGGCUGGGGCUGAUGGGAGUUGUAGUCCAACAACAUCUUGAGAACCACAGGUUCCUCCUUCCAGCACUAAAUCAUGAUUUAGUUUGAGCAUGACGCGCACAAACCACAAUUAUCUUUGGACUUGUACACUCCCCCCUUCUUGUGCAGCUGAGAGGAGGUGUUUGGAAGCUUUCACUCCUGCAUUUUAGUUAACCACAGCAUUCUGUGCCAUCCAAAGUGGGAACUGUGGUUAACCAUUAACUAUGGUUUAUUUCCCAAGUCAGUUUCAGAAACCACAGUUUCUUCACACAGUGCAUAGUUAAACUACCAUGAGAUGUAGUGAUGGCCAUGGAUGGCUUGAAAAGAUUAGGCAAAUUCAUUGAGGAUAAGGCUACUAACUAAUGAACACUGUGUACAACUUCAAAGAUCAGAGGCAGCAUGUUUCUGGAUAUCAGCUGGCUGAGGAACAUGAGCAAGGAAGUACCACUAACCUCAUGUCCUGCAUAUGGCUUCCCAUUGGCAUCUGGUUGGCCACGGUAGGAAAAAAGUGCUGGUCUAGAUGGGUCUUUGGCCUCAUUAAGGAGGGUUAUUUUUAUGUUUCUAAUGCUGUCUACAGUUACGGUUUCUUCUGUGUGCAGGAAAUGUCUGUGUCAUGAGCCAUAAGUGUUUGGACAGCAGUGGCUAUAGAUGCAGAUGGAGUAUAGUGUUAUGUUUUCCAGUAUAUUUUUGGGAUUGUGGCCAUAGAAGCCACCCUUUCUGAGAAUGCAGCCUGCCCCUUGUGAGGGAAAUACAGGUCUCACCUGCUAAGUAAGGAUAGAGUUAUUACACAAAUGUACUGUUUCCCAUCAUCACAAGGGAUGAGAGUGCAAAGCACUAUAUGGCUAUAGGUGUUCUGAGUGCUCUACACACACACACACACACACACACACACACACACACACCCCUUCUUCCUUGGUGCUAUGAAUGGGGGUGUAAAGGAACUACUCUGAAGCAUGUUCUCCCCCUCCCUGAUGAGCCACCUCUAUUGCUUACCUUUGUCCUUGCAGCCCCAGUUGCGUGUGUGGAGUUCAGGAUCCUCUGGGUGGUGGCAUCUGGUGGGUGCUGAUACAGUAUCUGUACAAUGGUGAGAAGUUGUGAAUUAGACAUACUAUUUGUUUAUAAAUUUAGUCAAUUGACUGCUUCUCCUUGGUUGUUGGUGUUCAUUGUUUGGGCAAAGUGCUCCCUUUGUGUAAGUUGCCCAUCAUAAAAAUCCCAACUUCAGUGUUCCUAGUUAUGUGUUCAUGGAUAUGGUAGAUGGAAUCCCAACUUGUACACCUUGUUAUCAAAAUUCUUGCUCACUUGCUGGGUCCUCUAGAAUAAUUGGCUCCAGACUUUGUUGAAAUCCUUUCCUCCAUUGUGACUGUGGAGGAAAAGAGGGAAGCCAUGGGCAGUCAUCUGGGGAUCUCUGUUUGGAGUGUUCAAAGUUAUGCCACUCUCCUUUGCUGCACAGCAUUAUGCCAUUGUUGCAUUGUGGGAUUGACCCCUGCCCUGAGGGAACAUAGGAUUCUGACUAAUUUCCACUCCUCCAUGACCACAGGUGUCUGUUCUGCCACUUCAAACUUGUGCCAGUGCAAGAGUAUUGCUAUGGUGACAUAGUGUUGUGAUCUGCCAGCAUAAGAAAGUUUAAGACAAACCUCAUCCUGCCUAAUGUGCAUAAGCCACACCACAAACUGUUACAGAAAGAUGUUCAUUUAAGAUGUCAACAUUAUUUCAAGUUUUCAGGAAGUGUUGAGUGCAGGGGGCUUGGAGAUCACACAGAUUACAUAUUAAAGCACCCUGCAUUUUAACACUACUUGUAUUUAUUUGCAAAGUAGUACCAGAAGCUUUCUGGUGACCAGAUGGCAGGACUGCAGAUUUUGCAAACAUCACAUUUAAUUUAUUACAGCCAGCUACAUUCAAGCAAUUACUUGUAACUGCCAAUAGUAACAUGUACCUCACAUUAAACAACACAAGAGGUUAUUGAGCUGUUUUGAGUUAUGGAGGACGUACUUCUACUCAUAGUAGUACCUAAUUUCAGACAUCUGGAAACAGUCAUUCAUUCCAGUUUAAAAUGCACAGUUAUCACGAACUGUCCAGCUAAAAAUGGUCUCAUGCACUGGUAUACUGUGUUCAUUCCAUGUCUAGCAAAGUGUUGGCAAUAUAUAAGCAUUAAAUCACAGUUUCAAUAAUAAUAAUGAUAAUAAUAAAUCUUUAACAAAUAACUAAGGUUGGUUUUAGGCAGUAACAGCAAGGCAUGUAUUUAUGCUGCAUAUAAAUCCAAAUGCAGAACCUCUUUCCCCUGGUUACAGUUAUAUGGGUGUGUAUACCUUUACACAGUUAUAAGGCUCAGAAACAUAGGCCAUUAGGUAUAAAAGUAAGAAGAAAGAGAAUCAUAUCUAGGAUAUAGAGUAGCUGUUUAUUAUUUUUGCAAUAAAUUAAAGGAGAUUAGGGACCAAAGCAUUAAACACAUAUUAAAAGUUUGAGUGUUAUUAGACUGCAAGCAAUACAAAAAUUAGAGACUUCAUCUUUCCCAUCUGUCAAAGGAAAAUUAAUAGCUAAACACAUUUUCCUCAUUCUGAAACAUAGAUAAAAAGAGAGUAUAAUUAUUUAAUCACCUUUUGCAAGUUCUAUGCAAGCAAAGUUUUUGUGUGGAAAUGACUGGAAUGCACAAUAAAGUUCCUUAUUGGUUAACUAUAUUUUGGGGAAGGUUGAUUGCUUGAAUCAUGUUGCUGCUGACAGGGAAAUUCAGAAGGCUUGCCAAAGUUGCAGAAACUUGUAACAUUCUAAAUUAUACUACUGAUAUACUACAACAGCUUGCCUAUUUUGGCAUUUUUGCACAAGUUGGUAAAGCAACCCUGAACUGACUGGAUCACACCAAGGCUUUAAGUUGGGGGAUCCUUAUAACACAGAGAUAUAGAGGUGCAUUCAUAUAAUGGAAAUCUGAACUUGCUUCACAGCCUAUUUCUGAGGCAUAAAGUACUUCUUAACCCUCCUUCUGUUUCCUGUCACAUCAGAGCAGCAGAAAUGGAAAAUGCAGACAUAAUCUAAAUGAAUUAAACUAGUCACAGAGGCAGAACCAGAUCUUUUGAAGGUAUCUCCUGUAUUCUUGUGAAGUCAUGAAGUGACAUGAAUGAAUCACUUUUGAUUGUAGAUCCCAGUCCUGAAAGUGCCAUUUUCCUGCUUGUGCCAUUAAAAAGUUGAGCGGCCACAGCUCAAGGGGAAGAUUAUCUGGUUUUAUGUUUUAGGUGCAGUGAUUGAAAAAUAGCCAAAGCCAGCUUCUUAUUCAUGGAAAGGGUAGACCAGGGGUUAGCAAAGUUUUUGUGGCUUGGGUCGGUUCACGGUCCUGCAGAUGCUGCGGUGGGCCAGAGUGCGUGUGCACAUGUAUGCAUGCAUGCGCAAACACUAUUUCCGGCGCUCCUUCCAGUGCUGAGGAGGUGUGUGCAGCUUCACAGUGGCUGCAGGAGCUUCCUGCAGCCAAUGGGAAGCAGGCCAGCAGAAAGCAGUCCCUGCUCUGCUCUGUGCUGGUGCACUGUGCUGGUGCACGGGAGCCAACCAAGUGGGUGGAAGGGGUCCAUUAAACGACCCCCAUCGGCUGCUUGUGGCCCAUGGGCCUUAGGUUGCUGACCCCUGGGGUAGACCGAGCAAGAAGGAAAAUCAAGAAGGAAGCCAUAUCUUUUCCUUUGAUAACUGCAAAAAAACUUAUUAAUGCAUAUCAUGCUCUCCUUAACAGUACAAUCCUAAAUGAGUCUACUCUGAAGUAGUCACAUUGAGUCAAUGAGGCAUACUCCCAUACAUAAAGGACUGCAGACUAAAACUGCAAUCCUAUCCAUGUCUAUCCAGAAAUAAGUCCCAUUAAGUUAAUUGUGGCCCAGUGCUCAUAAAUAGGUGUAGGGAUGUAGCCUUAGGCACUUAGGUGUAUGUACCCGCUAUUUCACGAUAUGUAUAGAGAUCAUUGCUUCAUAAUAGCAAUUAGGUUGUUUGAGUGCAAGCUUGUCAGAGACCACAUUUCAACAAAUUUAUGCUUUGUUAAUUUCAUUCCCUCCAGCAAUUUUCUUUUAAAGUCUUUUGUUCUUGAGAAAUAGAGGAAGAGGCUUUUAUUUGGGAGGGAAGACAAAUUGAGUUAAGUUAAGUCUUAGUUGUGUUUAGAGAAGACCCACUUACAUAAAUAGAAAAUCAUAAUCAGUUCCAUUGAUUUCACUGGGCCUACUCUUAGCUUCACAUAAUAUGGAUCCAACCUAUUGUUUAUUUAUAUAGUAUCACCAGUGUGCAUAAUGCCUUCCAGAGUACAAAUUCCUACCCCAAGGAGCUUGCAACCAAAAAUUAAACACAGGAAGCGAAAGUAGUAGUGUCAGUUGCACAUGUAUAUACUUAGCUACAGGCUGAUGCUGCAGUCCUAUACAGUGGUACCUCGGGUUAAGUACUUAAUUCGUUCCGGAGGUCCGUUCUUAACCUGAAACUGUUCUUAACCUGAAGCACCACUUUAGCUAAUGGGGCUUCCUGCUGCUGCCGCGCCGCCGGAGCAUGAUUUCUGUUCUCAUCCUGAAGCAAAGUUCUUAACCUGAAGCACUAUUUUUGGGUUAACGGAGUCUGUAACCUGAAGCGUAUGUAACCCGAGGUACCACUGUACACAGAAAUGUGGAAUCUUUUUCUACCCAAGAGCUGCAUUCUAUCAUGGACAACCUAAUGGAGGCCAUAUGCCAGAGAGAAGUGUGGCCAGAUGCAAAAGUAGGCACAUCUGACUCUUGCCUUGUACAGUAGGCUAGAUUUCAGCUAUGCUAAAUUUCAGCCAUGCCGUAGAUAUAAGAGACUUAAGUUUCAUGAGUCAAAACAUCCUUAGUCACUAUGCCGCAUGAGAUCUCUCCAAUAAUUUUGUUCUCCACAGUAGCCUUUCUUCCAUGGGAACCCAGGAUGGUGAACAUAAAAAUACAGUCCAUACAUUAAUUUAAAAACAUCUUUCAAACAUCUAAAACCAAGCAUACACAAAACAAUGCCAACUGCUGGAAUUCCCAUUGACACCCAUGUGUCAAAAGCCAAGGGGAACCUUCAGUGCAGGGGAUAGACACACCUCCACUGGAAGUGAGCUCCACACCUUGGGAAGCACCAAGGAGAAGGCCCAGCAAUGAGUCAUUGCCCUGCAAGUGAUACCCAUCAGUGGUCUUACUGACAGGGUCUCCUGCAAACCUCAAAGCAUGGGUUGGUGUGUGUGUGUGUGGUAAAGAUGCUAUUGUUGCAUGUCUGUAGAUUCUCCGGCAUGCAUUUAGUGAACAGAUCAUAGUCUUUUAUUUUAUCGACCAAUUUAUAGACUUCCACUUUAUUGAAAGGCAGCCAAUUUCAGACUAUGAUAGCAACAUACAAAUCUAUAAUGUUGCCAAAUAGUUUACCAAAAAAAAGCAGCGAGAGAAUAAUGCCACCAAACAAGAGAAACUCAGGUAGGCAGAAUUAAAAUAUCCAGACUGACUGGGAUUUCAGCCAAUGCUCAAGACACUGAGAAUAAUAGGUUUACUCUCGUGGAAAGUGCCUUGGAAUGUUUAAUGGCUGCAAUAUGUUAGACUCUUGGCUCAACAUCUCAUCACAAACAUGUUGCUUGGGAACAAGUUCAAGGCUCAGGAAAAAUAUGUGAUGCUUGUUGACCUGCAAACUGAAAUUCCUGCAACACCUCAUCUAGUUCUGAAAGGGUCUUUAACCUGAUGAUGUACAGGUUUCAAGAUCCAAUAAAGUUCUAAAUAGCCCAAAAUGACUUGCUGUUUUAGCCCAGGGGCACUGAGCUGUUAGGAUCUCUGCCCUCGCUCUUGAUGAAGUUCCCAUUGCAAGUUUCUGGAUAUGAUGUAGACCUUCCAACUGGAAUAGUGAGAUAUUCGAGAACCAACAGCUGUUCUUGGGACAUGGUGGGAUCUUUGAAAGCUUUCAGCCAGGUCUGCAAAACCAGUGCUAAACUAGUAUGGGUAAUAUUGAUACAACUUGCUGAGUAAAGGAGGUUAUUUGACCAGUUACCUGAAUUAAUCUAUUGACACAUGGGUCAUUCACUUCGGCUUGCUACAGUACUGCAUGCUUCUGGUAUGUGUGCCUUUUUCAAGCCUAUUUACCUAGGCUCAACCUGAAGGGUUCUUAUAUGCAAUUCUACUUUCCUAUGGUUCUAUAUAGGGCCCCUACUGUCCUGAAAUAUAGGGGUAUGAUGCAUUGCUGUCAAUUCACAUAUGAAAAUAGGGACAUUUGUGCAUUUGCAACAUCCACAUUCUCACACCAAUAAUUACUACCUAAGAACAUGCAGCUCUCCUUUACACACUGUUGGAAAUCUAUUCUCCCACUUAAAUGCCCUGCACAUUCUAUUACUUUACUCUACAAUCGCCUGCAUAGCACUGAUUUUUAAACCAGGGUGAGCUAUUAAAUCAGCCCCUAGAGUUUCUUCACAGAAUGUUUAAUGUUACAGUACGUACAGUUGUUUUUCUGCAAAUAAAAAACACUCUUGGAACAGUUACUACCCUGAGAGGUUAUGGGCCAUGUAGGUGUGUGGAAGAGAAGUAGUGAUUAUUUGAUAUCCAAGUACAUGACUAGAGUAGAUGAUGUACCCAUUCUCAACUCAAAUAUUCAUCAAAAAUCCAAGGACAGGACAAAAUCUGAAGAAUCCCAAUGCAAAACUGUGCACACAAAUGGGGUUAUAAAAAGGCAACUCAACCCCCUCCACAGCAACAUCUUCCUAAAAAUUAAAAACUAGAACAGUAAAGCAACAGUAUUUUACAAGCGACAGGAACAAGGAAAUAGGGGGCGUGCCUAGCUAGAAUACAUGAAAUAAAAGCAGUACAAAAACAUUUAAACACUGUAUAAAUGAACUUCUAGGUUAUGAAAGGUCUCGCUGAAAAAAAUGUCAGGUUUUAAGGUGCCACAUUUGCUGCUGCUGUUGCUACUACAUGUCCAUUUUGCCAGCCUCUGCUGCUGUGUGCUAUGCUCAGAGAUGUGGGGGAUGUUCUGGGGAGUCAGCCAGUUUUUCUAAUGACUUUGCCUCUGAACAAGAAAGCAAAGCAGCUCACUCGCUCUCCUGCUCAUUCACUCUUCGGCUUAGUUUUGGGACGAAGUUCAAGCUUUGUUGGUCUGACAUAUAUCAACAAGUAGUGAAGGCAUGCCAAAUCCAAGGACAUAAAUCUUUGGGGAAGGGGGAAACUUGCCUGAGGGGAGAGUAUUUAAAUAUCAUCUUUCUUGCUGAUGGACCAAAAGGCUUCUCCAUAGUUCAGGGUAGUGUGUGUUUCCUGCUAUUCCCAUGGAGCACAAUUUCUUUGAAAAGAAAGGCACAUGAUUAAAGUGCUAUUUGAAAUGAAGAUUUUGCUUUUAAAUGUGGGUACUUUGUCUCUUUCUACAAAGAUUUGUGGCAAGGAAGCACUUAACUGUAUUUGUGUAUGCAUUAAUUAAGCACAGUAAGCAUAUGGACGCGGGUGGCGUUGUGGGUUAAACUACAGACCCUAGGGCUUGCCGAUCAGAAGGUGAGCGGUUCGAAUCCUUGGGGAAGGAGAGGCCAGAGCUGCGCAGCGCCCCUUUAGCGAAGCACUUCUCCUGGCUUCUGCCUUGGCCACGCGCAGCCUCUUCCAGGCAAGGGGAGCCUUUAUCCUGCUGCCCAGGAGAGGCUGCGCGCGGCUAUCCCAUAAGCCAGGACAGCCAGAGGCUAUCCCAGAAGCCAGAUCCCUCUUGCUGUUCUGGCUUCUGGGAUUCAGAAUAUUUUUUUUCUUGUUUUCCUCCUCCAAAAACUAGGUGCGCCUUAUGGUCUGGUGCGUCUUAUAGAGCGAAAAAUAUGAUAUAUAAAGGCAGAUGGACUACCGUUAACGCUUUUCACUACAAAGACAUUUGUCACUCAGAAACCACUUGAUCUGAUAGCCAGACAAAGAUACUGUACAGUGGAAGAGGACUGUAAGCAAUAGCGGUCGACUUAAAGCUAUAUAUACUUCCUGUGUCUUGUUAAUUAUUUGCAGCUUCUGCCAAGAAAUAUAUUUGUGCUACAGGCAUACUAUAUGUAGGCUUGUAUUUUCAUUUCAUUUAAGAGAAAAUGUGCCAAGCAAGUCAGAUAAAUCUUUGAUAGUUGCAACAAGAAAAGGUUGAUUAAGGUGGAUGGAUUUCAAGUAUUUUAUUACUAAUCGUUUUACUUAUGUUAGCAGAAAUGUUUAGGGUAGAUUUGUGAUAAGACCAUACAUUUCAAAUUGGAAAGGCCAAAGAAAAAAAUAUAAAUUUUAGCUGAAGGCUGUGUAAAUGUUUGAGAGUUUUGUUUGGAGGAAGGUGCUUUCUGCAACUGUACCUUAUUAUUUAUUUAUGGGAUUUCUUGCCUGCUCUUCACCAUGAGGUCCCAGGGUGGGUUAUGAUAUAAAAAUACAAUGUUAAAAGCAGCACAAACAAUUUGCUGUGGGGAUAGUAUUCCACAGCUUAGGAGCUAUCACAGAGAAUGCCUGUCCUGGGCUGACACCCACGGAAAUUCUGAGGGUGGCAGAACCACCAAGAGGACCCUUCUGCCAAUCCAAGAGGAUCUGUAUUGAACAAAGUAGUAUUUCCAAAAUUUAGUCAAUUCCUUUCCAGAAGAGACUCACCUGGCACCUUUUACAUAUUUUACUUACUUAGAAAAGGUGUUUCUAAUAAUAGUUCUGUCUGGCAUUUGGGAGGUUGUGGGCAUAGCGUGUGAACAACUGACAAAAUAUUUAAUGAUUUUAGGUUAAUUUUAUGCUGGCACCUUGUAAAGCACCUUGCAUAUUGAUGCUGCUAUGCAAAUGAACAACAACAGCAAUAAUAAAUUGAAUGUACCAAGUGCUAAAGUUCUCCAAAUAGAAGUACUGGGGGUCAACCUAACAUGGGAAGCUGCUUCGUACUCACAGAUGUGAAAUAAUUUCUUAGUGGUGGGGGAAAUCUGCUUUACACAUGCUCAAAGACACCCUGUUCUUUGCUGCUACUUCUUAUGAUGGUGGGUUCAAUAUCAGUAUGGAACAUAUAUAACAUUCUGCACAUCUGGCAAAUUGACAGUCAGAUACCUGGGCUUGCUUCCCUUCUUUUAUAGUUACUGUGAUUUGUGAUUUUAGUCAAUACUUUGAACUUCUCUGUCUUUCAUAAAGUGUAAAUAAAGCAUGGAAUCUGUAGUGUCAUGCAUGGAUAGUGUGUGUGUGUUUCUACGGGAUACUUGGAGUGGGUGUAAACAAACUCUUGCUAGCUAUAAAUCAUAGCUGUGACUGUGUUCUUUGAUCUGUUUGUGGAUUCAGCGUGAAAGUGUAGAAUAUUAGCUAGCAGAUUAAUAUUCUGUGAAACUGCAUUCAUUAAAAAAAGAAAUUGAACAUGGUAGUUGAGCUUUAUUACAGCUAGUAAAGUUACUAUUAACUUGUGAUCAUUUCUUAGGCACAGAAAACCACAACUUCAAUGGGAAAACCAUCUCUUCCUCCUCAGAUGCUGAGACAUCAUUGUGGCUACUACCUUAGUGAGGAAAAUAUAUUCUGUAUGUUCUCAGUGUUUAUUAUUAUCUCACAUUGAAAGCCUGGCAGGUAACAGACAAGGCAGGUAACAGACUUAGCUGGAAUAUCUAAUAUAGGAUUGUUCCCUUGUCUAAGAAAUUUAUAUGGUACAAUCUAGUCAACUUGGUCUAGCUGAAUAGUCAACUUCUUGAAGAAGCGUCCAAGUUAUGCUGGCAUUGCUGAAUUUCUAGAAUAAGAAGUAUUGUCGCUUCAACAAACCAGGAAGUCAAGCUGUCUAUCCUGGAAUCUUUUCUGUUGUGUCCUUAGUAUAAGAGUUGAUUCUGUUUUACUCAGUAUUGUGAGAAAAGCACUCUACACAUGCUCAUGGCCACCAUAAUUACCUACCAUGUACUGUGGAGUUGUCUUGACUACAAGUUCUCUGGCUAAAGGUUGCUGGCUUGAUGAGCAGAAUGUUUUAGGAUUUCCUAGGCUUCUGCUUCUAUAGACAUGAAGGACAGUUUCUAGUUGUGUAGGUGCUGGAAGAGAAAAAUUGAAUAAUUUACUACACUAAGACUUAACAAAGUGUGAGCAAAAAUAUAUUGUUGUAGGCCUGUUAUUUGUGUGCAGAGUUAUGGUGGCAGAACACCCUUUGAAGUAGAAGUGCAUAGCUUUGACAGGUCCCACAGUUAUUCACUUAAUGUGAGAUGUAUAUUUUACUUUAAAAUGUUUAACCAGUCUGGUUCUUAAUACAUAUAAUAUAUUUUUAUUGCUACCAGUUCAGUUUCUUGGAAAAAAGUUGAAAGCAUCAGCCACUGUUGCAGCUUUUACAUUAUGGAAAUUCUCCCCUUGGGCACAUAUGUUUUACCCCCUUCCCAAUCACAAUUUCUACAAAUCAAUGCAAUUGCCAGCUGCAGAUUUCCAUAACAGUUACUGGGAGAGUGAUUGCUUUUAACUUUUACAUCCCACUAUAAACAGAGCUUAGUUGGCCCAAUAAAAUCUCCCACUUGAGCUUUUCAUAUAAGAAUAAUAAAGGUUAAAAGCUCAUCGCCAUUGUGGGUACUUUCUAUAGGAAAACUGUGCAAUUAAUGGGUAGAGUUGGGUGCAGAGAAAAGAGGAAUGUGUGUGGCUGUGGCAAAUAGGUGGUCUUUAAGGUAUGUGUACUGUGAACUUUUUGCCCAGUUUUUGCUAGAUUGUUCAAAGCUCCAACUGAGGUCAGAAGUAAACUAUAUUCCUUGUCCAUGUACAAAAUUGAAACAAAGCCCAGGAAACUAGAGUGGAAAUAAGAAUGAAGCAGUAUACUAGACAAUGGUCUGUUUUAAUGAAAUAAAAAUGAAUGGGCAUACAUAUGCACAUGAGCCACAGACCGAUUUGGAAGAGAUGGAUGCCCUAGUCCUAGUGGGACUACUACUUUAGAUAAUUGGUUCCCAGACCUUGAACUAAAGGACUUUAUUAUUGUUGUGGUCCUUCCUUUUGUCCACACUACCUGACCUGAGCAUUCCUAACUCAUUAAUCAGUUGUACUGUAUUGUCCUCAAAAACCAAUAAGGAACAGCCAAGGGCUUCAUGAACAUACGUGUACACAUUUUAGAUUCUAUGGACUAUGAGCAUAUAAAACUCACAAUUCCAGCCAAUUUGUUUUACUUUGUUGUUGUUGUUGUUGUUUAGUCGUUUAGUCGUGUCUGACUCCUCGUGACCCCAUGGACCAGAGCACGCCAGGCACUCCUGUCUUCCACUGCCUCCCGCAGUUUGGUCAGACUCAUGUUUGUAGCUUCGAGAACACUGUCCAACCAUCUCGUCCUCUGUCGUCCCCUUCUCCUCGUGCCCUCAAUCUUUCCCAACAUCAGGGUCUUUUCCAGGGAGUCUUCUCUUCUCAUGAGGUGGCCAAAGUAUUGGAGCUUCAGCUUCACGAUCUGUCUUUCCAGUGAGCACUCAGGGCUAAUUUCCUUAAGAAUGGAUGCGUUUGAUCUUCUUGCAGUCCAUGGGACUCUCAAGAGUCUCCUCCAGCACCAUAAUUCAAAAGCAUAAAUUCUUCGGCGAUCAGCCUUCUUUAUGGUCCAAAUUUGUUUUACUAGUUUACUUCAUUCUGCAUAUUUUUAGGUUUGAAAAGUGCUAGUUAUUAUUCAGCAAGUGCUGUUUGGCCUUUAACAGUAAAUGUCAAGCACGAUAUAUAUAAUCUGCAGACAGGUCAACAUUUUAAAAAUGCACUGGUAUGUUCAAAAUGAAUUAUUUCAUUUCUCAACAUUUCUCUUCCCUGAAAAUUUGAUCAAAACCAGAAAUAACAAAAAAAUCUAAGAUACCAUUUUAGUUUAUCUUUAAUCAAAGGAAGCUAGGGUGCUACUUUUUAUUGCACUUUUCUCAGCCUGCAUUUUCCAUCAUCCACUGAAAAGGAAAUGAAUGUCUAGAACUUGGAUUGCAUCCAAGCAUUUUUCUUUCAUAUCUGAAGGCAUCUCAUGUUCACAAACUGCUAAAAAGUCAUUGUGGUCAGGGCUGUACGGCACUUACAUUUGAAUAAAUAGAAGAACCUACAGAUGUACACAAGUUGUGGCGCUGGGAUUCAUUGAGUUUGUGUUCAUACCUGCCUGAUACAGCCUUAUUCCUGGAUAAGUUUAAAAGGUUUGGCAUGUUAUAGAAAGGGAAACAAAAGCCUUUUGAAAUGUGUUACUAAUUAUUUAGAUCCUCCAUCAAAGACUCAACACUCAUGGCAAACACAGCUCAUGUGCUCUGUUCUCUCGCUGCCUUUCCCAGCCUAACUUUCCCCAUUUCAGUUUUAAUGGUCCUUUUAAAGGGAGGUUAUUAUACUGACAAUCAGUCCAACGUGUAUCCAAUUUCAUAUACGUACAGAUAGAUACUUGAUGGACAGAAUACCACGUAGUUAUGCAUCCAAUGAGGAUUUUUUAUUUUGCAUGUUUUCUAAUGCCUUGCUCACAGGCACCAAAACAUCCAGUUGCAGUUGCCUCUGCCCCAUUGGCUGCUGCCACGUUUGGCAUGCUGACAAGGUUCACAAAGCAGACUGCUUCCAUUCAAUUCAGAAAUGUAAAUGCUCUAAAACCUUUUCUGUUCCCUUAUAACUCCUCCCCAACCUGACUGUCCCAAUCUCUAAGUGAAGUCUGGAAGUUCUGGAAGGCAGAAAGAUCUUGGCCAUGAGAGAAGCUUGGGUUUAGACAUGAUGGUCCUGGAAUCAAUACCAUAAAUCAGUGGCAGCCAAAAGAUGCAAAAAUGACAGUCCAGUGAGGUGGUGGAAUCAAAUACUUAAAUAACUAAUUCAUCACCCUUAAUAAAAGGAAAGGCUUUUGGCGAAAGAUUAUGAAAGCUCUGCACAAGUCACAUUUCCUACUUUAAAAAGAGAGUAUAAAUGAUUUUGACUCCCCCCUGCCCAAAAUACGUUGGCUGUGCAUACUGAAAAUAAGAAGCAAAUAUAUUUGCUGAAUGCCUUUUUGCCACUUUUCCCCUUUCCUAAAUUACCUCUGUGACUGUCACUUUCAGAACUGCUUUGGCGUGACCUUUUUAAUACUCAUGACAUGAGCAUUAAACAUUUCCAUGUUUCAAAAGCAAGAUGUGUUGCAAAGUUUAGUACAGAGUAUAUGUAUAUCCAGUCGGAUGUGGCAUCUCACUGAAGCUUCACUGCCAGGUGUCAAAUGAACUAGUAUAGUUGGAACAUAUUUUAAGUAACUAAAACCACUUCGAGACUCAUCUGCACUGUACUGCUUAGUAGAACAUUAAAAUGGGUGACUGAUUUAUCUUUUUUCUGAUCUACAGCCCUAUGGUUUUAUAAUAUGCCCAAAGAACAAGAAAAUAUCAAAAGGCAAACCUGUCAAUAUUGCACAGCGGAGUCAUCACUAAUGAAACGUUUGCUCUGUGAUGAAAUUAUACUCCACAGCGUCAUAGACAGGACAGCAUACAGCUGGAGUCUGAUGACACAGUUUACUCCUUGUUUCAUUCAGAGGUGUUUCCACAGCACUAGCAGCCUGUCCUUGGGGGUAAUCAGGUUCUAAAAUCUUCACAUUGCCAAUUCCAGAGGUCAAGUCAUAUAUUUUUCAGUCAAUUAAAUUCCAGGAAACUUUCCAAAGCUUGAUGUAGUUUCAUAGAAUUGUAAAGUUGGAAGGGACCCUGAGGGUCAUCAAGUCUAACCCCCUGCAACGCAGAAAUCUCAACUAAAGCAUCCAUAACAGAUGGCCAUUUGAUAAGUGAUGCCAGUAGCCUUAUAUAGAUGAUUGUAUUUUAAUAUUCUGUUGGAAGCCGCCCAGAGUGGCUGGGGAAAACCAGCCAGAUGGGCAGGGUAUAAAUAAUAAAUUAUUAUUAUUAUUAUUAUUAUUAUUAUUAUUAUGUAAGCAUUUUUUAAGACUCCCAAGUGACACCUCUCUUUAUUAUUCACUUACUCUGUCUUGUGUAUUAUUUCUAGGUUAUAUACCGAGCUUUGUCACCACCCAAUUCUGCUGAUGAUCCUUACAGUCCUGAAGCUCAGGCACAGUUGAAGAUCACUAACCUCCGCGUGCAGCUGCUUAAGCAACAAUCCUGCCCUUGCCAUAGCAAUGACAUGAAUGCAAAACCUCCAGAACUAACCUACUAUGCAAUCUAUGAUUUUAUUGUAAAAGGAAGCUGCUUUUGUAAUGGUCAUGCAGAUCACUGUGUGCCCAUCAAAGGAUUUAAGCCUGUUAAAGCAGCAGGAGUCUUCCAUGUGGUAAGUUUAUGUUGGGAUAAACCUUGCACAAACUCUCAAGUAUAGAGAUCAAUGUUCCGAAAAUAAGGUGAAUUGUUGAGCUUGGUGUCAGUUGCAUGGGGAAUUAAUAUCCUGAAGACAAGAAUGUCUCCUGAAAGUCAGAACGGGAACAGACAAUAUAUUAUGACUUUCCUAUACCUAAGGAAUAUCUAGAAGUUGCCUAAAUUAGACAAACGUCUAGGCUACUUUAAUUUUGAAUUAAGCUGUGAAUAUUUACAUGAUCUAAAUUAUAAUGUUGGUUCGCAAUGUGAAAAGAAGCUAACAGUAUUCAUAUUUUGGCAGUCCAACGCAGCUCUGAUACAAGCCUGCUUCUAUGUACUGUCUUUAUAUAACCUGAUUAGUGCAUGAGCUGUAUACCACCCAUCUCACAAGUUCUGAUUUCACAGGGGUGUAGAACCUGAAAUAGAUCUUUGAAAAGAAGCAGUAAGUUGCAGGAUUCAGCAGAGGUGAGGGAGAAACUGAUAGAUGAGCUGUUUUCAAGGACAAGGCCUAAAUUAUACCUGUAUUGGUGAUAUGAUUUGGCACCCAAUCUGAUCUAUGUUGGAAAAAACACCUAAUCUGAGAUCUGCUUUAUUUCCCAAUGUGAAAAACAAACAUAUUACAACAAGCAUUCACAAAUAUGAAUGCUUGCAAAUCUAACAAACAGCAAAACCUUUAGUUUUCAUAAAAUGUUUCCCUGGUGGAAAGUUUUUCAAACUAGCUACAUAGACUAGAUCAUUUCAGCUGGCAAUCCCCAAGACUGCUGUGUAUGUAACAUAAAUUGUCCUGGUUUAUAUUUCUCUCAUGUACUUGUUCUGCAAGAGUUGUAGCAGAAUGAUAACAAAGAAGGAUAAGCAAAAACAUAGUGUGGCAAGACUUAAUAAUCUAUGUUAUGUACUGAGUUGAAUAGGAUCCAAACUGCAGCAGUCUGAUUGGUCCUAGAACAAUAGGAUUCAGAAUGCAGCAGUCUGACUGGUCCUAGAACAAUGCAGCAGUAUGAUUGGUUGGCAGGAACCACCCAAUCAUGCUCCAGAUAUAAGUGAAUCCACAACCUGAUUGGCUUACAGUAGAAUUCCAGAAUUAGCCAGUCAUGUGCAGCCCAUUGUGUAAAUAAUGUAUAUAAGCAGAUACUUUGAGGGGACUUUUAUUCAUUCCUCCUCACCACUAUGAGCUGAAUAAAGAGCAUGAAAUCACUUUGUGACUCUGAGUAUAUUUCAAUCUAGCAAAUCAAAUCAAAAGCAAGGCCAGUGCAUUACAAUUUAAAACUACUGGUAGUACAGUGAAUGUAGCCUGAAUAGUGCUCAAGUAAUACUGGUAGGACAGAGGGAGAAGUGUAAUGGCAGUUGCGUGUUAUUUACAAGAUAUAAUUAUAAAAUAUUUCCAUUCAGGCACCCACAUUGAUCAUUUUAGCUUUUUGGUAUUGCUGACAGGUACCUUGCGAAACCACCUUACCCCAUAUAUGCCUAGUCAACCAUUUCAAUCAGUAGAACUGGCACUACUACAGGUGUCCCUUAAUACAGUGGUGCCUCGCAAGACGAAAUUAAUUCGUUCCGUGAGUUUUGUCGUCUUGCGAUUUUUUUCGUCUUGCAAAGCACGGUGUCGAGAAAGUUUUGGAAAAGCUUCAAAAAUCACCAAAGUCUUUAAAAACCUCAGAAAAGGCUACCACACUGCGUUCUAUGAGUUGCUCCUUGAAGUCAAGUCGCAACUGUAUUAACGGUGUUAAGAAAAAGGAAACAAACUUGCAAGACGUUUCCGUGUUGCGAAGCAAGCCCAUAGGGAAAAUCGUCUUGCGAAGCAGCUCAAAAAACGAAAAACCCUUUCGUCUAGCGAGUUUUUUGUCUUGUGAGGCAUUCGUCUUGCGAGGUACCACUGUACUUGUUCUGAACUUUUAGUGUGGCAGCACCUAUGCUUUAAAACUCUGCCUAUUGAUAUCUGGCAGUGAUAUCACUGUGCUGUAUUCCUUUUGGUGCCUGCUUAAAUCAUCUUUGUUUAGGCAAGCCUAUCAGACACGUAGACACGUAGAAACUGCAUGUCCUUUGAGUAUUUCAAAACAUUUUUUUGGCCUUUUUUCAUCAAUAAUUUUAAUGUUUCAUUUUAUUUUAUUGUAAACUGCUUAGAAAUGGAUUUUCCCCCUACAAUCAAGUGCUAUAUAAUUUUUUUAAAAUAAAAAUAAAUUAAAUAAAUUAAACAAACAUAAUUCAAAAUAUUCUCCAAAAUAUAUAAAAUUUUGUAGAGUAGGGUCAAUAUGAGAAUAUAUGAACAUGUUUUAGUCAACACAUAUUUUACUAAAAAUCCAAAGCCACCUUUAUUUUAUAUACUCUCCUUGUGGUAAUUUUUUUACCCUCAGUAGCACUUUCCUGUUUAUUUUGGUGGAAAAAAGCUAAUAUAACAGCUACAAUUUAAAAACAAUUUUCUAAAGACUAAUUCCCCUUUUAUCCUUUCGAUAUUGUCCCUUGUGUGAAGAUUUACAUUGUCUCAGUAAAAAAACCCUAUAACAUCUACCAUAAUAAAGCUGCAAUAGUAGUGUACAAUUCAAAUCAUUAUGCAAUAUAAACAAUACUAAUCAAAAGGGAAGUUUUUUUGGGGGGACAGGUCUUCUAGUGCACAAGAGCUGUUAGUUGCUUCUUUCUCAGUAUAGUACAUUCAGGAACAUAAGUCAUGAAGUAUUUUCUAAAAACCCAGACAAUUUGAAAAGAAGUAAUUGAAUAUAUUAAUUGAGGAACAAAAAGGCAAUGGGAGGAAACAUGCCCUAGCAACUGUCUUCAUGUGUGAAAAUCAGUCACUAAUUUAUCUUACACAAGUCAACUUUUGUAACACUGUUUGCCUUGCACAGUAUAAUGAGUGACAUUACCAGAGAGCUGUCAAGCUAAGAAAGAAAGCAGUCUGGAAGUGGAGUAAAAUGGAAAGGGCUAAUGACAGAAUGAAAUAUAGUGUGAAAAAAAGAACUCUGGUUAAAUGAACUCACUUGUGUCAAUUCACAAAACAGUGAAACAUCCUGGGAAAUGUGUCAUUUAGCUAUGUCUCAUAAAGAUUCAAAAUGAAUAGUACGGGGGUAAAUGAAAAUUGCUGGAAAAUGUUUACAUUCUGGUUUAGUCGUCACAAAUGCAUCGUGGCUGGCUGCAAAUCAAACUGGAGCCAUGCAUAUGAUCAUUCUAGUGCAGAAUUAUAUUCUUUGUGGUGGCGGCGGCAGCAGCAGCUGUUUCUUAUUGAUUUAACUUCCCCAACUUCUUUAGAUCUUUUUUAUUCUCAAAAUCUGCUUUCUCAUUAUUUGUUCAUGACUGUGCAAUCCUAUAUAUGUCUACUCCAGAAGUCAUUCUGACUGAGUUCAGUGGGGCUAACUUUCAGGGAAAUGGGUAAAGGAUGGCAACCCCAGCGACAGAAAUAUGAAUAUAUAUCCUGAUUUAUCAAAUUGGGACAUAUGGGAGCCAGAAAGGAUGUGUUUGGUGUGUUCUUGUUUUUACAUGGCCAGUGCCAUGUGUGUGACAAGUUGCUGGCCUGCUUUUUACAACCGACUUUCUUGUGUGUAAAAAAAAUACAUUCUAAUUACAAAUACCUGAUUUACAUAUAUACCAUCCAUGAGUAUUUGUUUCACCACCCUCCCAGGACUUCCAUUUCAUACUUUGUGUCAUGCUGGCUGCCCAGUCAUGCAAUUCUUACAACCUACUAUUAGGCUUGAAGCACCAUGUGGCAAUUUUUGACUGGAGAAAUACCUGUCAAUGUAUUUCAUUCCUUUUACAAACCUGGACUUUUAAAUUUCUGUGAUGAAGCUAUAUGACACUGGUCUCUUUCCCAAAUAGCUUGUAGUAUUACCUACAGCUGUCCUGAUUAGUUGGCCUGCUACUAAUAAGCAAACUUAUGCAGGCUGUGGUAGAUAUUUUUUUCCAUGGAGCUCUAAGCAAACAUGGCACCUGCUUUAAGCAUAUACCAUGAUCCUUUUUUUUUGGCCUGUUAUGAAGUUAGAUAGCAAUUUCCAGAAAAAUAUUCUGGGAUGGUUACUUUCCCCACUCUUCCAUUGCCAGGAAUGGAUUGUUUUAUUCAACGUAAAGAGUUUCCUUUCUCUGGUUCAUUCUUCAUCAGCUUGAAUAUUUAGGCCUGUACAGUGGUGCCUCGCAAGACGAAAAUAAUCCGUUCCGCGAGUCUCUUCGUCUAGCGGUUUUUUCGUCUUGCGAAGCAACCCUAUUAGAGGCUUAGUGGAUUAGCGCUAUUAGCGGUUUAGCGGUUUGGCGGCUAUUAGCGGCUUAGCGGCUUAGCGGCUAAAAGGCUAUUAGCGGCUUAGCGGCUUAGAAAAAGGGGGGGGAGCGGAAAAAAUCGCAAGAAAUCGCAAGACGUUUCGUCUUGCGAAGCAAGCCCAUAGGGAAAUUCGUCUUGCGAAGCGCAUCGAAAAAUGGGAAACCCUUUCGUCUAGCGGGUUUUUCGUCUUGCGAGGCAUUCGUCUUGCGGGGCACCACUGUACCUGGAGCUAUAACACUAAUAACAUUCUAUCCUUCUGCAACCUUCUCAACCAGAGACUGUUAUAUUCUGAGUAGGAUGAAAAGCAACACCAGUUCCCUCUUGACAUUCCUCGCUCAUCACUAGCUUUUCUACAGUGCCCGUUUAUGACUCAGUCCAUAUUUUUAUUUAAGAGGAGCCAAAACACUCCAACUGUGAUAAUAGAAUCAUACAGCUAAGAAGGAUCAAACAACUAUCCAUCUACCACUCCUCAAGGAUCCUUUUAUAUAAUAAAUCUCAAGCAGAAAGAGGGUGUUGGCAGAACAAAUAGCUUCAAGGAACUUAUCCAAUUCCGAUGCUGCAGGGGAAGUCAGAAAUUACUAGGAUUAUUGCCCAGUUUGACCUGGGGAAAUUCCUUCUGAAGGCUAAAUAUGGUGUGCCAUGAGACCCAAAACAUUCCACAUUAUAAAGAACUUCACAUCAUCUCUCGCCAGCAACUUCGUCUGGACAAACAAGCUCAAAGAGUCUUUAAAACGCCCUGUAAAUAUAAUGGGAGCAAAGUCACUCAGAAGGGUAUUCUGAGCAGCAGCCUAUUUGUAACUGUGACAAGAGUCUCUCUUUCUCUCUCUUAUGAACUUUUAAUGCUAUUUAGCUACCAAUAAUUUCUUGAUAAGAGCUGUAUUUUCUGGUUGUCAAGUACAGAUCAAGAAGUUCAGUGCAGAGCUACUUAGAUGUUUAUAGUUUUGCUAUGUAUGCUAUAAAGGUAAAGGUAAAGGGCCCCCUGACCAUUAGGUCCAGUCAUGACCAACUCUGGGGUUGCAGCGCUCAUCUCGCUUUAGUGGCCAAGGGAGCCGGCGUACAGCUUCCGGGUCAUGUGGCCAGCAUGACUAAGCCGCUUCUGGCAAACCAGAGCAGCGCAUGGAAAUGCCGUUUACCUUCCUGCCGUAGCAGUAUCUAUUUAUCUACUUGCACUUUGACGUGCUUUCGAACUGCUAGGUGGGCAGGAGCAGGGACCGAGCAACGGGAGCUCACCCUGUCAUGGGGAUUUGAACCGCCGACCUUCUGAUCGGCAAGUCCUAGGCUCUGUGGUUUAACCCACAGCGCCACCCGUGUCCCUCAUGUAUGCCAUACCAAUGAGCAAAUGAUAAGCUAUCUUGCCUACACUGUUUACUCUCCCUGAAUCACCCACAUUCCGAUAGGAAAAUCUAAUGGGGUAAUUUACCACAAAGAAAUAACUCAUUGUAAAUAAAAUAGAGUAAAAAAGAUGUGGAAGAAAUUCUCUAACAUUAAUCCAAAUUUCAAAUCUAAUUUUUGACAUCAAAAGGAAGCUGCUCACUAGUGCUUAAUCAAGAGGGGCCUACGGCAAUUAAGCAAUGGCAUUUUAGUACAGCACAAUAGCAAUAUAUAUGUGAGGACUGUUUUUGGGGGGAGAAUUCUAAAGCUGUCAUAAAACACAAAGUGGAUAUGGGAAGGGGUUCAGUACAAUUUAUAAAAUAAAUGUACAGGUUAUCCAAUAACUAGGGGAAGGCAUAAUAGGUGCAUACUGCUAUUACCAUGAUUAAUGGUUAGCACUUUUAUAGCACAUUUCAAAUGUUCAGAGUGUUUCAUAUACAUCAUCUCCAUAAAACUUACAACAGCCCUGGAAGGCAAACAAGUAUCCUUGUAUUGUGAAUGCGGAGCUAAGACCGAGAGAUAGUUGGCUCCCGAGGAGGAGACUACAGCUGCUUUGCUGUUCCUCAAACCCUCCUUAAUAUUUCCUUAUUUGCUUCUAAAACAACUUCUUGCCAAUCUUAAUGAGCAUUGAUUAUGCACAUGAAUCCUUGGGAUUUGUUGCAUAAACCUACAAGUAUAUAGCCAUGAAAACUGGGACCCUGUCUCUGCACAAGGAUGCUGUGUGUAGGCUUGAUCCAAGGUACAUUGCAGUGGUUCUUCCUCCUCACUCCAUGCAUUCAGUGUAUCGUUUCAAAUAUUCUGAACAGGACCCCUAUUCAGUGCAGGUGUUGUGAUAUUGCUGCAAUGCUGGAAUAAUUCCAUGCGAGCAAGCAAUCAGGUUCAACUGAAAAGAACAAUUUUCUAUUCAGUUAGCAAGCAGUUAGCGGGCAGACACAUUUCCAAAUUACCAGUGAUUUCACAAUGCUGUAGGUGCACCUGCAUGUUAUCUCUAGAAAUGCCACUACAGUCAUAGUUGUCACAGUUUGUUUCCCCUUUGUUAGGUCCAUGGAAGGUGCAUGUGCAAACACAAUACUGCAGGAACGCAUUGUCAACACUGCGCUUCUCUCUACAAUGACCAGCCAUGGCGAGCGGCAAAUGGCAGAACAGGAACUCCAAAUGAAUGCAGAUGUAAGUAACAAGUUAAUGGCAGUGCUUCUGGGCUAUCAGGAUAUGCAGAAAUGACCCUGGGUAAACAAAUUAGAAAGCCAAAACCAAGGCCACUAUCCACAACAUUUUAAAACAUUGGUAACACCUUAGUUUACUAAGAUGUUCAUUCAUUUUACCAAGAAGGUGACAUUUGUUUGGCCCCCUUCAAUUCUCCAAUUUUGAGCUAUUCAGUUUUUCUUGGAGCACCUAAAUAAAUUAUACUAGACACUGAAACACUAAAUAUUUUAAAGUUUUAAUUUAUAAUACAGAAGAUACAGAAGCAGCAAUAAUUAUACUAGAUUUGCGUAUCUGUCAUAGGAUAAUCUGAUUUGGUCUUCAAAAUAUUUGAUUUGAUAUUUUCAUAUUCUACCAAAAACAUCAUUAUGGAAGGCCUGCGGUAACUUGCAGCAGAUUCACUCUAAAUUGGUACAUCAGAGUAACUAAACACUGAUAAUUUGCAGAUAUUGGAAACAUCUCCAGGCUGACAUAUACAUUUCAUUUUAUUAUUAAUCAGCUCUCAUUAUGUGUAAGGGUUUUUUCUGCAUUCUUUUUAAAAGAGCAUCCUUAAUUUGUCUUUUUGCUUAUCUUGGCUGUGUUUCAGCCUGUAAGUGCAAUGGGCAUUCUGACUCUUGCCACUUUGACUUGGACGCAUGGCUGGCAUCAAGAAACCAAAGUGGUGGGGUGUGUGAUAACUGUCAACACAAUACAGAAGGGCAGCACUGCCAGCGUUGCAAACCAGGCUACUACCGAGACCUCAGAAGACCCUUUUCUGCCCCAGAUGCCUGUAAAUGUAAGCUAAUAUGAAUUUAUCAAUAUUAUGAAUAUUUAAAUACUAGAUCUUUCUGCUGCUCAUUCUCAUGCCAAGGUUAAAAAAAAUGUUUGGUAUCCUCACAUUUGUAAAUGAAGGAACCACAAUCCUCAAAUAUUUCAUUAUGCAGUAUAUCUAACUAAUGCCAGUUUACCGGUCAAGGAGCUUGCUGUGGAGUUCCACCAGUUACUAUUCAUUACCAUAUGUACUUUAGAAUAAUGGUGAUGGAGCUAAAAGUAGCUGUGAUAGGAACAUUCAAGCAAACUUCCAAUAUAUGGGGAUUUUUUUAAAGCCAGUGAUAAGCCAGUGGUUUCUGUUGGUUGGUUGGUUUUAUUCAUGUACAUCUGAUGGGUGGGGUAUAAAUAUUAUUAUUAUUAUUAUUAUUAUUAUUAUUAUUAUUAUCUGGAUUCUUGUCCAUGACAGUGAUUAAAGAAGCAUAUAAAUAGAGUAUUCUCUUCUACAAAGUAGAUGUAUUAUAAUUACUAAUAAUAUGAACUGCAACAACAAAGCUUCACCUUUUGUUUUUGUUAUAAAGGGAGUUUUGGAAGGCCCAGCUUGUAAUGUGGAAAUGAGAAAAUCUACACCUGCUGAAACUCCUCCUCCUACAUUUUGACUAAAAAAAGACCAUGUUCAAGAUGGCUAACAAUUGUUGUAGACGUUGUUAGUUUAUAUUCUGCAUUUUGACUUUAAAAAACAAAGUGCUCAAGACUGGUAACAAAAAUAUCUAUAACAAUCGUUAGCCAUCCUGAACACAGUCUUUUUUUAGUCAAAAUGUAAAGAGGUUUCUGCAGAAUACAAGCUAUUUUAUUAAAUAAAUUGUCCAUACUCCUAGCGUACCUUUGCAAUUUGAUCACCCCUAUUUCUGGCAUUCAGUGAAAUGCCACUUGUGGCAACUGUAGUUGUAGAUGCAGUGUUCAAAUCAUGGCAGAAGAUGUAGCAGGAAAUCCUAACUUGACCUUAAGCAGGAGGCUGCAAGAGACGGUGGACACUUGAGUGAAUACCAGGACUUAGGACAGCUUGAAGAAGACGGUUUGCUCCUAUAUAGUAUAGAGUUCCUUUUAUUUCCCUUGACCCUGACUACCCUCCCAGGUUCCACACCUUCCUGAAGAUUGGAGGUGCUUAAAAGGGUAGUCCCCUGGCCUAGAGAUAAGAUUUUUGCCAAUGAACAGUAGUACAGAGGAGACGAACAGCAUUGUCUAAUAUCUUUUCCCUUAAGCUAAAUAUUUAAAAAUACACAUGAUUGGAAUUCUUCACCCAUUAGAUCCACUAACACCUCAGUCUCAUUUUACUGAGUAAAACGUUGCCUACAGAGAAUAUUUUAUUUGGAUUGACAGUGAUGACAUUCAAAUCCCAGAUUACCUAUGGACUGUCAGAAUCACCGGGGGGCGGGGGGCACUAUUUCAGGCCAGAAAAGACUGUUUUUCAAGGAACGCAAAUCUUCCCAGGCAAGUACACUCUGGAAGAAUAUGCUGAGUACACUGGAUGGUAGCAGUUUUCCUUGAUUGCAGCAGCUGGCACAAAAUGUUGCUGUGAAUGUGAUCACGGAAGUUCCCAAAGAAUGUUGGAACUACUUCUGUGUUUCUUUUUAAAAUGUGCUUGUGGGAGCAGGUGGGGGGAUUGUUUUGUUUUUGUUCUUGUAUUUAUUAUGUAUUUUGUGUUUUUAUCUCAUAUUUUAAUGCUGUGAACCACCACAGAUGAAGGGUGGUAUACAAAUUUAAAUAAAUAAUAAAUAAAUAAAUACUACUAUUAUAAUAACAAUAACAAUAACUGCCUUCCAGUCUCAGCUGCAUCUCUAAAAAUACAAGAAAUAAUAGGGUUUUGGGGAGGACGAAUAAGUAUUGUAAAGCAUUUUGCAUACAAUCUAUAGAAAUGGUAAAAGCUUUCCCCAUAACAGCAAUCGAUCCUUCAAGUUUUCUUUUCUGACUUCCUCUUCCUGAUCAGCUUACUUUUUUCUUUUCUUUUCUUGAAAAAUCUAUUGAUACAAAGCAAAUUCCUCUCAGCUGUUGCCUCCAAGCCAUAAUGAGUUUCAUUCCUGGGCAGCCAUCCCAGUUUCAUCUUCAGCUGCUAUCAUUUGUGCAAAGUCCACAACAAUGGAGUCAGAGUGACACAUGAUAGAGCCAAGAGAGGAGACAGAUAUUUCCUGCGUGAAAUUGUUCAGUCACAGCUUUUCACUUGCUGUGUAAAGUGUGAGGAGUGUUUUGGAUAGCUCCAGCUGAACAGAAAACUUGUGCUUUGAGGGGAUCAAGCAGAGAUUACAAUCUCGACAGAAAAAGGCCUUGUGUCUUGCAUAGUUUGUGUUGAUAACGACAUGUCUGAUAACCUUAUUCAUAUACAGUCGUAGACAAUGGAAUUCUGCAGAUAUUGCCAGCUCACUCACUGAGGAGCAACGAAAAUGGAAAAGCUCCAAGGUCAAAGCAAAUGAAGGAGCUGUUAAACCACAAAUCCUUAAACUACACUAAGCAAAGUGAACAAUGUGUAAUAUUUGUUCAGGAGUGUGUAUGUACUAGAUAAAGCAGGGCAUACUCUUAUUUAACAUGGCAACUGUAGCAAUCUGCUUGAAGGUUACAUAGAUUCUCCCACCUCUUCUAUUUUUAACAACUUGUAUGAAUUUUUAAGACUCUGCUACAAUGUCACGGGGGUGAUAAGAAGGUUCAUAACUGAUUACAGUCAUUAAAUUUAAAACACUUGUAUUCCAUACACAGAUGGUUGUAACACUUGGAUCUUGUUAUCCAAGACUCAACUGAAAGUUCUAGUAAUCAGAGCUUAUUUGCUGCAUUCUAAAUUUUGAGGCUGUUGUACAAAAGCAGUUAACAUUUGUUUAGAGUUGAGAACUGCUUUUAAUACUCCAGGGCCAUGGUUAUAUUGAAUUUCAGAUUCAGUUUUAAGUCAAUUUAUCCAAUAAGCAAGAGAUCAUGUGUUUUUAGCACACCUUACUGCAAGCAUAUUACAGCUAAAAGGUGAAAUUUUCCACUCAACACUUUUAAGGAAUGGCAUAGUGAUUGGUAUGGGAAACAAUACAGGGCAUUUUCACAUGUGAGACUUCAAUAAGUCUGCCAUGUAUCUGUAAAACCCACAGUAGUAAAAACUAUAAUAAUGUACUGCAGGGAGAAAACAUACAUUUGCAUUGUUUGCAGGGCCAAACUACAAAUGGCAGUGGCAGAUUCAUGCAUUUAUAUUUCUUGAACCCUUGAAUGUAAAACAAGAAUAAUACUAAGGCUGGGUGACACCUUUAGGAUAUACUCUCUCCCCAUAUAUGUUCAUCUCAUAUGUAUGUUUUAAUAUUGCAGUGUGCUCCUGCCACCCUGUUGGAUCAGCCGUGCUUCCCUUUAGCAAUACCACCUUCUGUGAUCCCAGCAAUGGUGACUGUCCCUGCAAACCUGGAGUGGCUGGUCCUCAGUGCGACAGGUGCAUGGUAGGAUACUGGGGCUUUGGAGAUUAUGGCUGCCGAGCAUGUGAUUGUGCAGGAAGCUGUGACCCACUAAAUGGAGACUGCAUCAAUAAGUGAGUGGACAAACAUAUUGCUAACUAUAAAUGGCUAGCUAACAUAAGGACAGGGAGUUUAUCUACAAGAAAUACAUGUUUGAAAUAGAAGUAAUAAAAAGGUUAGAGAUGUAGAAAAACCUCUUGACCAGAGAUGGAGGAUCUGUGACCCUUCACAUGUUUUUGGAUAAGAACUCCCAUCAUUCCUGACCACUGGCCAUGCUGGUUGGGGCUGAUGGGAGUUGAAGCACAGCAACAUCUAGAAGGCCACAUGUUCCUCAUCUCUGCUCUAGAACAAAAUGUUGUUGUUGUAACGCCUCACAUGAACCACACAUUAUAGUUGGAUUGAAAGGAUUAAGUACUAAAUUAAUCUGACUGGGGGAGGGGGGAUAUGCAUCAGAAAUAGGAAACAAUCACUUUUCUAAGUCUUACCUUGAAGUUAUUGAGACAUAGUGGUAGCACUUCCCACAAAAGAAAGAAAGAAUUGGAACAGGAAAAAUAUACAGUAUUGGAGAGGCACAAGUAUAGCUCAGUUGGUUAGAGCAUGUUGCUCAUAAUGCUAAGGUUGCAGAUGAUCCUCAGGGUCUCUUCCAACUCUAUGCUUCUAUCGUUCUAUUAUUCCAUAUUCCCCCUCACAUGACUAGUUUAGAAGGAAAAAAAGAGAACUUCCCUUCCUGCAAGAAAUUAGCUAUGGGUGACUAUAUCAUAAUCCCAAAAACUCUACCAGGCACUGCUAGAAAUCUCUUCCAAGCUCUGAACUUGUGUGAGAUCUAUAAAUGAAUUGCAGAUAAGUAAGUCCCUUUUCUGACAACAGAAAAAAUGUUUGAAGUAUGGAUAAUUAGCACAAUAAAUAUUUUCUUUUAAUUUUGAUUCUGAAUACUUAAGCUUUGUCAAGGGUUUUUUUUGUGUGGAGGGUUGUUUACAAAUAAACUUGAAUUGAACUGAGUUUGAUAGAAACAUAUCACAACAUUCCUUUAAUUUCAGCAGUGCAAACAUAGAUUGGUACCAUGAAAUCCCUGGCUUUUAUUCUCCGUAUAACAAAAGUGAACCAGCAUGGGGGUGGGAGGAUGAACAAGGCUACUCUGCCCUUCGACAUUCAGGUAAGAAUAUGAACUUUUGGAUUUUUUACUGAAAGAUAGGAGUCUCUUUCAGGUGUUAAACAUAUGUGCAGAUUACUUUUCCCAUGCUAUCAGGACCCCUGAGUUCCUGAUCACAAGGAGGGAGCCCUCUGUGCAUAAAGCUUUUUUUGUUGUUGGGGGCUCUUUCAGUUUUUAUAACGAACGUGUGGAGGUCACAUGUGUGUGAUCUCAUUCUUCCUAUGUGUUCAUAUAACAUCUGAAAUGAACUAUAGAUCACGUGGAAUUAUUUAUUAUAAUUGGUUAGGUUCACUGUUUGAAUAUCAGAUAUGUAAUCUCAGCUGAUAUUUUCCAUCAAGCUAAAAAUAAACCAUACUGUAUACACACCCAAAACACACACACACUCUGUAGAUAUAGAUAUAUCCAGGAUCCAGUGAGCAGCUACAAAAAUUCUUUUCCAUUCAGUACUUAAAAUGUUUAGUAACAUGCUGUUGCCACUAUCCAUUCAGUCUUCUGUGAAAAGUGCUGUCCUCCAAAACUAUAUCUGAUUACAUGAGCAAUCCCAUUCCCUCCCAGUUUAGCAGCUGAAUCUAGACAUUCUGGUGAAUACAAUAUGAAAUAAUGGUAACUAAAAUAUUUCAUCAAAUAGUGCUUAAAGAGAGAGGUAUUUUUGUGUUUCUGUAGGAAAAUGUGAAUGUAAAGACCAAGUUUUAAGAAAUUCCAAGAUCUUCUGUGGCAUGAAAUAUACAUAUGGUGAGUUAAAAAUCAACUAUAUUAUUCAAAUUGCCUAUGCUGUCAACAGUUUCCUUAUCAGUGUAAACUGUCAACAAAGCUACUACAACGGGGAGAUAUGGUAGUAUUUAUAUUAGGAAAACUAGAGGUUCAUUUAAGUGGUGCACUAGAUAUAGUAGGGAUGGGAUACCCACCCCCUUCCAGAUUUUGUUGGAUUUCAACUUCCAUCAGCUCCAGCUAGCAUGGCCAAUGGUCAGAGACAAUAGAUACAGAAGACCAACAAUAUCUGGAGUGCCAUGGUUUCUGACCCCUGAGUUAUAGACUUUCCCCCCCAAGCAAAACUGGAACUUUGCUUGCUUGGUAAUACAACUUGUUUUGCCUUGCAAAUUUAUUUCUAUUGGACCUGCAUGGCUGCAUGCAUAUUUUGUCUGCUAUGUACAAUUUCUCCAACAUUUUUUAUCUUCUAAUAAAUGGUCUAUUUGCCUAGAAAAUGUGUCCUGGGAGAAAACCAGCAUUUAAUAUGUAGACAAACCUCUUUUUCUAUAAAUUAUCACCAAUAUAAAGUCCUUUUUGUGAUGCCAAUUAGACUACUAGUUCUCAAAGGGAGACUCUAUCAGUUUAAAUUCAUCCAUGCAUGGCUUAUGGGGGAUGGGGGGGGAGAGAGAAACUCCCAGGCACUUUUUAAUCUGUAAAUUUCUAAGAACCAAACUAUGUAACUCUAAAUGGCUAGAUUAUUUUAAACUGAUUACUUCUCUUUGCCAAAAUACAUGUAUUUUAAGCCUAUAAUGGGAACAGGCAGUCGGGCUACAGGAAACCAUUGCUGUAUUUUGUAGUUUUGUGAAAAAGUUUUAAAUGACAGCUUAGCAGCAGUUCCAAGUAAUUCCAAUGGGAAGAAGCAGCUGUGUAUGUGCUCAGUAUUUCCUAAAAAAUCAGGUCACUGAGCAUCUCCCUGCACCCUGUCUUUGGCAAAGGCUGAACAGGCUCAUCAAGGAGAGGAUCUGGCACAGUUUAUUUUCGACUAAAUCAAGAGCUUUUCUGUUUGCAUCAGAUGAAAUAUAUAGAAAUAUCUCUAUAUCACACUAACCGUAGCAACAAUUACACCCACCCUGAAAAUACAAAGAGGCUCAGUUUGCAGUGCACACACUGAUGGUGCCUAAGAUUAAUCUAUGUACCAAUGUACUAGAAUGAAAACAGAAGUUAUAUUCUUUAUUCAGUGCUGAAGGCAAAGAUUUUAUCUGCUCAUGAUAAAGGCUCCCAUGCUGAGGUCAAUGUGAAGAUCCAAAAAGUACUGAAAUCUACAAAGCUUAAGAUUUUACGAGGGAAGCGGAUUCUGUACCCAGAAUCAUGGACUAACAGAGGCUGCACUUGCCCAGUACUUAAUCCUGGUAGGUAUUUAUUAUGAAAAUCAGGUCUUUAUCAUCAUCAUUUAUUUAUUUUUACUAUUUAUGUCCAUCAAAACCACUCUUAUAGUCAGUACAUAUAAAUUAUAUUCCACAUUCUUGUGGUAGAAAAAAAUAUUACAUAGAUACUCCAGAAAACUAAAAUGCCAAUCACUGUUCUUACUAAUUAAAGCAAUUUAAUGUGAUGCUAGACAAUCCUUUCAAUUUCAGCUUCACUUUGGACCUGUUAUAUCAUGCACUAAUCAUUAUCAAAGCCCUGCCACAGUGUUUGUCAAUUUGAAUCUUCUCUCAUAACUGCACACAAGCAGAAUUCCUUCCCCAAGAUUUUGAAAAAAAAUGCAGCUAGUGUUACCCUGUCUCCAAAGAAUGUAAGAUAUUCCCAUCACACCUGCAUUGGUUGUGCUUGCAAAUCAACGAAGAUGCACUCAAUAUACACAAUCACUGCAUUAAACUGAAAUUUAUGUUUCUUGAGCCAGUUCUAGUCAUGCAUAAAAAUAUUUCUAUAUUCAUAUAUUUCUAUAUAUGACUAGCUGUGCUUUCCCAUCCACAUUCUGGCACAUCUCAAUGUAUAUCUAAACACACAUCUCAUUUAAAAUAAUAAAGUACAGAUAGACAUUCUGUAUUUGAAUGGGCCUUUGCAUGCACAUACAAAUUAGAUCCAGAGUUUCUGUUUCAGUAAAUUAUUAGUUCAAGGACACCUGCUUCUCUGGUCAAUUAUUUGAAAACAAUAGACCGUGGAUUCCAAAGUACCUAUUCUCCUUUGGAGGUAUUAAAAUAAUAGAAUCAUAGAAUUGCAGAGUUGGAAGGGACCAUGAGGGUCAUCUAGUCAAUGCCCUGCAGUGCAGGAAUUGUUUGCCCAUUAUGAGGCUCAAACCCAUGACCCUAAGAGUCUCAUGAUCUACUGAAUGAGCUAUGAGGGUAGAUUUACUAUGUAAUAUUUGGAUAGUGAAGUAUCUUUGUAAAAUGGUCUCACCAUUAAAAAAAACCCUCAAAGUUACUAGGGAAAAAAACCUCGUUUGCAAUAAUUUCUCAGAUGAGAUCAUUUCAGAGCUUGUGAUACUGUAGCUCUGUCAUCUACCCAACAAAAGGAGUAAAGUUUCACAAACCAAAUGCAAUUAAGCACAAAAGUGAGCCAGACUGGUGCACUGCAUAAGAGUGUUGAGUAAGAGUAAACGGCACAGUUUACAUAAGAGUAAACUGCACUGUGCAACUUUUAGCACAGAAUGACUUUUUGAUGGAAUAGAAGCAUAUGCUAACUUGUGAGAAAAGGAGGUGAUUCCUCCUACAGUUGCCCCGCAACUUCUACAGUGGUACCUCAGGUUACAGACACUUCAGGUUACAGACUCCGCUAACCCAGAAAUAGUACCUCGGGUUAAGAACUUUACUCCAGGAUGAGAACAGAAAUUGCUCGGUGGUGGCGCAGCGGCAGUGGGAGGCCCCAUUAGCUAAAGUGGUACCUCAGGUUAAGAACAGUUUCAGGUUAAGAAUGGACCUCCAGAACGAAUUAAGUACUUAACCCGAGGUACCACUGUACUCUAAUAUAAAGGGUCCCCCCAACUCUGUGGAACAGUUUAUCAGAGGGCUGCAUUGAGAAGGUAUAAUAUGAACAAAAUUGCCUCCUGUCCUCUUACAUUAAAGAUACUUUAAUGUAAGAUACUUUCUGGAUUAAAAAGAUAUGCAUUAUACACAUACGUUGCUCGGCCCUAGCUCCUGCCCACCUAGCAGUUCAAAAGCACGUCAAAGUGCAAAUAGAUAAAUAGGUACCACUCUGGCAGGAAGGUAUAUGGGUUUUCCGUGCGCUGCUCUGGUUCGCCAGAAGCGGCUUCGUCAUGCUGGCCACAUGACCCAGAAGCCUGUCUGCAGACAAAUGCCAGAGUCAUCCGCGACUGGACCUAACGGUCAGUGGUACCUUUACCUUUUUUAUGCACGCGUACACACACACAUGUACAUGCAUACAUGCACAAAACAUAUGCACACACAACUAUUUUAUUUUAUUUAUUUAUUAAAUGUAUAUACUGCCGUUCAUCAGAAGAUCACAGAGUGGUUUACAGUAUAAAAAGUAAAUUCCCUUUAUGAUUGCAUACUUGGAUAAAUAUGAAGUACUAGUCCAAUAAAUAUCUGACUAUUUUGUUUUCAAAGGUUUGAAAUAUCUUGUGGCUGGAUAUGAAGAUGUUCAAGCAGGCAGACUCAUAGUCAAUAUGAAAAGUUUUGUCCAGCAAUGGAAACCCGCUCUGGGGAAAAAUGUCUUGGAAAUUUUAAAAGAUUGUAGCUGAAAGUGCCAAAUAGGGCAUUUGUUUAUGCACAAAAUGCAAACGCUAUGGGAAGAAGGCUCUCAAAAUGAAAACUGGAAUGGAAAGGAAUAGUGCCAAGUAUGUGUAGAGGUAUUCAAAGUCAUAGCCUUUCACUUUGAUUCUUAAACACUUUGGUCCCAAUUGCAACACUUAUGUAUAAACAGUGUUUGUGGGUGAAACCCUCACAAGAGAAGCGGAGCCCCCACCCAUCCAAUAGCUUCAGCUGAUUGUAUAGGGGGAGUAGAGGUCUUGUAAUAAGUGAGUCCAAUAAUAGGCUGUGCAUGCAUAGCUGCACUCCUGCAAUACUCCUACCCAUAUCAUCUAUUUCCACCAAUCAUCUAUUUAGUGGAGUAAAAGGAUCUCCAUGGGCAGAACUGCAUUCAUAGACUUUGUCUGUAUUGGACCAACCUGCCUGGGAAUAAAUUUCAUUUAUUCAGCAAAAUAUGGCUUAUGUCACAGCCCUUAAAUUAAAUCUUUAUAGACAAUACUGCUUUAGGGUCCAGCUGUACAAGUGUUUUGUUUACCCCCCAUUAAAGUAUGUGGAACUGGCACCAACUGAGGAAUCUGAAAAUUGGAACCCCACUCUCAUGUUCUUUGGGAAGAUGAAUAUACACUAGUAACGGACAAAAGGACUACCAAUUUAGAGAGAAGCAAGGGAAUGUGGGGGUUUUUUAUACUGGUAUAUUAAAACUAAGAUGAAGGUUUUGAUUAAAUGUCUACUGCAAAUCUCUAGAAGUAUACAUGUAUGGAAAUAACACCAAUAUUGGUGGGAAAACUCCACUGGAAAACAUACAAAGUCAGUAAUCUGUAAUAACUAAUUAGGGCAUGCAUUUAACCAACAGGGCUCUGUGGGACAUCCUUAAAAAGGAGUUAAUAAGAUUUUCAUUUGGGGCACUUAAAAAGAUUCUGGAUGGAAUUUUCUAGUUAGUUAAACCAAGGGGAAUAUGUUGCAACACCCAAGUUGGACUCUGGUUUGUUUUUGAGCCAGCACAGAUGAAAGCAGAACCUAUCCCCUUUCAUCAAAAUUUUGGUUUUAAGAAAAGACUGGUUCCAUAAAGUAUAAAUGGGAACACUUCUAUUUUAUGAGGUAUUAUACACAUGUAAGCAUUUGAUUGUAUAAAGCACUUUAUUGCCUGCCCCCUUUCAGUGUGAAAAUUCUAAUAUUGUUGGGGAACAGAGGUGGCGCAGGAAAAUGAAUAUUGGAACAGAAGCACUCCACGACUAUAAAGGAUAAAAGGAAUAGUUUUCAUUCAUUUAUGCCAAUGGCCACUCAGUAAAGUUCAAGGGUAAUUUUUUGCAAUUAAUAUAUUUCAGAUGAAGUCUUAACUUCAGACUAAUGGGUUAAUUCUAUAAAUAUCAGCUAUGAUGAGACUGUAUAUACCACCAAAAGAGAAAACAAGGAUGGGGGGGGGGGAAAUGCUUUUUGAAAUGUCAUGGACUUGUUCAUAAUUCAUGCUGGCUUUGGCCUUUGUUUUAUAAUAUUUAAACUUGAGCAGCAAGUUUCUUUCUUUCUGUUUCUACACAGAACUUUCAAAAUAGUGUAAAUUUAUGGAAUAUCAAUGCCAUAUUCAUCACUAGAUUCUAUACUUCUCUGGUAAACAGACACAAAAUGUAUCCCAUUUAUAUACAUUAAAAAAUAAAGGAAGAGCUAUUAUACCAUUGAAAUAACAACACUUCACUGAUCCAUGGUUCAUAGGUAUGUUUUCUAUUGUGGUCCUGUGGAUUCACAAAAAUGUUACUGUUUUGAAAUUUUGUUUUUAUAUUUUAUGUAUAUAAUAAAUAUACUAUGAUUCCAAAUA